AUGGCUUAUAUAUCCAAGACUAGGACUUUUACGACAACUAAAGAGUGCAAAAAGCAAGGAAAGAUGAGUGCCAACGAGGAGUGGGUGUCUUGGUACGAGAAGCCGCAAACGCAACAGUCCACCGACACUGGAGAGCAAAAGUCAUCUCUGGGCACGGAUGAGAAGGAUGCCCCCAUCACCGACCCCGGCAACGUCGACGUCCAGUCCGGCGUCUUCAACAAGGUUGCCAACACCUUUACGCAGCUCUUUAGUAACAAGCAGUGUCACCUCACGCGCAACCAGACCAGAACCAAGAUUGGCUGGACCACCACCGGCGAGCUGGGCGUGCUCCGCCAAGAGCAAGACGCGCAGUAUGAGUUUAUGGAAGAGCUGGAGCAGAAGAUCAAGGACCUCAACAAGGAGGUGGGGGUUCUGAAGGACCUGGUCAAGGCGUACGAGGCCAAGAUGGAGCGCGACAACGACCUGCUGCAGCACUGCAUGCACUGGAUCACAAUGGUCCAGGUCUUUGGCGACGUGCCCGUGGCGAGGGACCGGAUGAGGUGGAAGCCUGGCCGGGACGCGGCACUGGUUGGGGGCAGCGAGGACGGGAGCGAGGACGGCAACGAGAACGAAGACGAAGGAGACAAAGAGACAACGAUCUAG